ACGACGGUGGUUGGUACUUUGUGUUGAACAACAAUGCCAUAUCGUAUAUUCGUAUAUUAUUUGUCUAUGAUCGUCUGAUGAGUGUGUAGCUGCCGAAAGUUUAUGUUAACGGCGUACAUUGUCCAUCUGCAUUCUGUGUUUUUUUGUUGUAUCGAAAAUUCAUCAAAACAUUUUAUCGUGACCGUAACGCCAUAUCGCAAAUUGUGUACGGACGGCAAAUCAUUGACAUCAAGCAGACACAAACGCGUAUGCAUUUACACCGGCAACAAGGAUAAGCCCCCCUGCCAUCAGUGAGACACCCACGGCAGUCGUUCGACAUCUUUUUUCGACACACUCAACGUUCCCGAAUCACCAGUAAGUGUACAGCUGUCCUGUUCGGUUGCUGAUCAUUCUAAGGGGGUAUUAAAAUUUAGUCAUUGAAAAUGUCGUCUUCCUCUCAGUAUUCGUAUAUAUUCAAAUACAUAAUCGUUGGUGAUAUGGGUGUCGGUAAAUCAUGUUUGCUACAUCAGUUCACUGAGCAAAAAUUUACUGCCGAUUGCCCUCACACGAUUGGUGUAGAAUUUGGAACCAGAAUCAUCGAAGUGUCUGGAAAGAAAAUCAAACUUCAAAUCUGGGACACGGCCGGACAAGAACGUUUUCGAGCUGUCACUAGAUCAUACUAUCGUGGAGCAGCUGGUGCACUCAUGGUAUAUGAUAUCACCAGAAGAUCAUCGUACAACCAUUUGAGCAGUUGGCUGUCCGACACUCGCAAUCUCACUAAUCCAGGAACUGUGAUUUAUUUAAUUGGAAAUAAGUUAGACAUGGAAGCAAACCGCGAUGUGUCAUAUGAAGAAGCCAAGCAGUUCGCCGAAGAAAACGGCCUAAUGUUUUUGGAAGCUAGUGCUAAAACUGGUGAAUUUGUCGAAGACGCAUUUCUUAAGACUGCUCAGAUUAUCUACGAGUGUAUUCAAGAUGGAAGAUUGGACUUAAAUGCUGCCGACUCGGGAGUUCAACAGAAAAUACUACAAUGUGAAGUAAACCCUAAUGUUGAAAAAGAUAAGACAUGCAUGCAGUGUUAAGAUGUGUAUUUGUAUUAAAAAAAAAAAACAA